AUGGCAGAUAGACGUACUCAGUGCCUAUUGGAAGUGACCAAGCGUGGAUUUACCCUGGACUUUGAUCCAAGCGGCGAAAGGAAUCGCUGCUUCUAUCAGUGUUUGGGUAAACAUUUAGGAGUUGCUGUUCCAGAUGUUAUUGACGUUCUAGAGACGUACAUGCUAAAAAAUCGAGUAGUUCCAGUAGAAAAAGAGGUAAAUUCUAAUAUUUAUACGUACAUUUAUACAUAAAACACAUGUGAUAUUAUAUAAUUGUUUAUCCUAUAAAUUUAAUAGUAUUCUUCUGUAAAGAAUACUAAUGAGACAGCAUCUUUUGUAGUCAUAUUUUAAGCUAUUCAAAACAUUCACUGUCAUGUUUUUAAUUAACAAAUAUAAAACAUUUUCCGUGUUGAUAUAUACAGUUAUAUCAACACAAGUGGCAUUGGGAAAGCGAGAAAUUGUAUGGAAACACAACGCCCAAAACCAAAGGGCAUUUUCAUACAAUUCGAGUUUUCCCACAAGUGUUGAUAUACAUGUAACUAUAUAUCAAUAUGGAAAAAAUGUUUUAUAUUUUUUUACAAUAUAGCAAUUCAAAAGCCUGAAGGAUAAGAACAAUUUCCGUGUUUACGAGUGGUGGAAAAUUCUCUGUGUUGACAUUGAGUUAUAUCAACACGGCUCUUAGCCAAUCAGCGUUCAGAAUUUAUAAAUGCUAUAUUAUACAGUAACAGAUAUAAAACACUUGGCUGCGCCGCGCGUUUUAUAUCUGUAAAACACUCCUUGUGUUUUAGAUAUAUUUAUUAUAUAAAGCAUAGUGCUUUAUGUACUAUUUAAAGCAUGCGUAGGAGUGUUUUAUCAGAUAUAAAACGCGUGGUGCAGCUGAGCGUUUUAUAUCUGAUAAAACACUCCUACAAGUGCUUUAAAUGGCUUAAAAAACGACUCAUCUUACAGGUAUAUGAGUUCAUUGGCAAAGUAAUUUUUAAAAUAAACUUUGUCUAAACCGAGAAAAUCAAAGCUAAAGUUUAUGUAAAUUAAAAUAAUUUUUUAUCACAUAUAAAGAUAUGACACGCUUAUGAUUUUUCUUUGUGUUUUCCUCCUGAAUUAUUAAUGAGUUUUUUAAAGAGAUUUUGAGCACUGAUAAGUGAUAAUCUCGCAUGUGAAAAUUAUUGCUUUUCAAUUAUCGCUUUUCAAAGACUGUCCUUUAAAGAAAAUACAUGGGUGCUUGAAAAUACCAGAUUUAUUUAUCUCUAGUAUAUAUAUAUAUAUAUAUAUAUAUAAGUACAGUACCGGUCCUAUGAUUUUUGCAAAAAUUGUAGUAGAGACAAGUAGGAUUUGUUCAAGUUGCCAUGCAACUAGACCUCAUCAAACUAUUGUUAAUAAUUACAAGACAGAGAAUAGUAGGUCUAGAAUAGUAGAAUAGUUAUUAUGAGUUACUGUUAAUUGUCCACUCCAUGCAUGCAUGCAGUAUGGAAACCCAUCAUUCUUAAUCACAAUGUUUUCCUAUUCCCUUCAGAGAGAGACAGUAACUGCCCCCUUCCAUGGUUAUCGCAAGCAGGAUAUAUACAUGGCUUACACUGGAUGCCACUAUAUGCUGCUGUCAGCUUGGAAUGGUAGGGUUUCCGAUGAGAAACUAUUUUCUGGUUCAGGUAAAUUUUCUAGCAUCUCUUUACAGUGCAUCACAACAAAACAUGCUGUGAGUAACUUACUGCAUGGAUUUUCCACAAGUGAUUGCAAGUAUGAAACAGCAUGGGAUGAACACCUGUGCUGGGCAUCCUUGCCGUUUUAAUAUAUAAACGAAAGUGCAAAUUUGACACUAUAAUUGUUUGCUUCCUUUGUUUGCUACCGGUAUUUGCAGGGAGCCCAUUUGCAGGGAGCCCUGUGUUUUAAGAAUGUCAUUAAUUAUUCUUUGAAUAUUUGGGGUUUUUUGGCAUGUAGGCCUUACGGCCCCCUGGUGAAAAAAUCCUGCAUACAGCCGUGGGUUUAUACGUUUUUAAGGACAUGAAAUCAGAACCACAGGAUUAUUUUUUUGGCCCCAUGAGUUGUUCCAGUAAUUAAUGGUCCAAGGACAGCUGCCCAAAAUCGCAUCCCCCAUCUGUCGGUCACUUCACACAUCUGUUGGUCACUUCGCCCCUCCCCUCUGGACAGCACAAAUUUGCUAUAUGUUUUUUUUACUAUCAAAGGAUAAAACUUAAAUUGAAUUGCAAAAUUUCUCUCUUAAUUAGCGACUGGGAAACGCAAGGGUGCAAGACCAUUCUUUCGGUCGGGACCUGAAGAAUACAAUCCUGGUGUAAGCAUUUUCAAGGGUCAGCCAGUGAAGGUAAGGCCAUGUAUAUGGUUCAUACAGUAUCUUGCAAGGACUAUAGAACAAUCUUAUAUUAAACGUUAACAGGAAUGUAGUUUUUAGCAACAAGCUUCCCCAUAAAUAAUAUGAUGUUAACAGUGCAAGCUUACAAAAUUCUAUCUCAGCCGGUCAUGUUUCACAAGCUAUGGAUGUAUAUGGACGUGCUAUAGAUUAAUGCUGAUCAAUAAUAAUGUCUUCUUUAUUUUAUGUAGUUGGAUAAUGUCAAAACUGAACAUUCCCAGAAUCCUUAUGCUCAAAGGGGCCCCAAGAUGCAGGGAAUAGCUCAUCUUUUUUUAAUUAUCUCAGAUGAUGAUGAAGAUAUGGAGUGUAACAAAUGCGUGUACUAUUCCGCCAUUCGUUUUCCAGUGAAAAUGACAAAAGAAAUUUGGACGAUCAAAUCCAAAUUCCGUUUUUCGUUUUUUGAAUUCCAAUUUUUAUGA